AUGGGCCCGUCUGCCUGGGGGCGGCCUGUGCUGGAGCCCCUGGAGCCCCUGGCGCCCAGGGCACCACAGGGCACCCGCAAGACCCGACCGCGCGUCACCCAGUGCACGGAGCCCCUCAGCAUCGUCUUCUGCGCCGCCGAGGUGGCGCCCUGGUCGAAGACGGGGGGCCUGGGUGACGUCAUGGGCGCCCUGCCCCAGGCCCUGGCGGCGCGCGGCCACCGGGUGACUGUCGUCACCGCGCGCCACACCAACGGCGGCGCCGACGUGGCGCGGUACGACGGCGCGGAGGGCCACGCACCCGCGCCGCGCGCCGCCUCAGCGCUCGCCCCUUGCAACGCACUCACGCCGUCCCCUGCGGCCGCCGCGCAGGUCGUCCCGGGCGGCCCCUUGCACAUCGAGCUCGGCGGCGGGCGGCAGGCAGUGGAGCUGCACCGGCUGGAAGCGGACGGCGUGGAGUGGUUGUUUGUGGACCACCCCGUGUUUCAGCGCCCCGGGACACCCUACGGCGACGCCAAUGGGCCGUUUGAGGACAACCUGUUUCGCUUCGCACUACUGUCGCUGGCCGCGCUUGAGGCGCCGCUAAGAAUCGCGGCGAGCGGCGGCCGGUCUCUCGGCGAUGACGUGACGUUCAUCGCCAACGACUGGCACGCGGCGCUGCUGCCGGUGUUCCUCAGGAGCCGGUACCAGGAGGGGGGCGCGUACCGCGGCGCCACCUGCGCGCUGGCCAUCCACAAUCUCGCCCACCAGGGCGUGUUCCCCAGCCACGCCUUCAACGGGCUGUCGCUGCCGGGCGGCACGUACGGCCUGCUGGAGUGGCGGCCGCCGCCGGGGCCGGGCGAAGACCCCAACAAUCACAGGGAGGCCACCCUCAACGUGCUCAAGGGCGGCGUGGAGUGCGCGGACAGCCUGAUCACUGUGUCCCAGAACUACGCCCUCGAGAUCACGUCAUCGCCGCAGCCCCAGGGCAUACACACCCUGCUGGCGCAGCGCCGCGCGCUGCUGCGGGGCAUCGUCAACGGCAUCGACACGCGGGAGUGGGACCCCUCGUCUGACCCCCUCAUCCCGGCCAACUACAGCGCCCAGGACCUGGCGGGCAAGGCGGCCUGCAAGCGCGCGCUGCAGCGGGAGCUGCGGCUGGAGCCGGACCCCAGGGCGCCCUUGGUGGGGUUUGUGGGGCGGCUGGACCACCAGAAGGGGCCAGACCUGGUGCUGGAGUCGCUGCCCGCGCUGGCGGCGCUGGGCUGCCAGGUGGUCAUGCUGGGCAGCGGCGCCCCCGACUACGAGGCCGCCCUGCAGGAGGCCACCAAAACAUACGGCUUCUUCUUCAGGGCCGUGGUCGGCUUCAGCGUGCCGCUGGCACACCGCCUCAUGGCCGGCUGCGACAUCCUGCUCAUGCCCUCCAGGUUUGAGCCAUGUGGCCUCAAUCAGCUCUACGCCAUGCGCUACGGCACCGUGCCCGUGGCCCACGCCACUGGGGGCCUGGCGGACACCAUCGAUGACGUCAGCGCUUUCGACGGGGGAGAGGAGGGCACCGGGUGGACCUUCUCCCCAGCCACCCUGGACGCGCUCGCGGGCGCGGUCGCCGCCGCCGUGCGCUGCUACCGCUCGUCGCCGGCGGCGUGGGGCGCGGUGGUGCGGCGCGGCAUGGCGGCGGACCACUCAUGGGAGGGGGCGGCUGAGCAGUACGAGAAGGUUUUGCUGGGCGCAAAGGAGAGGCGGCUGGCCGCAGCGGUGUAA